AUGCACCUUUCUCGUUUCCCUUACUUUGCUUCGUAUCUCCGAUUUACUCAGUAUCUGCUUGUUAUUUUUUUAAAGUCUACGAGCUAUUCUGUAGUCUCCGCGUAUCCUGCCAACCAGCCCAAUGCUCUCCUGUGUCCUAUCUCUCAGAGAGCCUUGACUUCAAAUCCCGCUUUCAAUCUUCUCCUGCCUGCCUCUCCUCUGCUUUCGCUAACCCCUCCAGAGGGUUUGAAUAACCUUGCAUCUACCGACAAGCCGCUCGCCGUUCCAGCAAGUUCAGAGCCUCCAGCAUCUCACAGCAACUCUCCUCCUCCUAUUCCUCCUUCUCUUCCUCCUCCUCCACCACCACUACAUUCUCCUUCUCUUCUUCACUCUUCGCUGCAUCAGCCAAAAUCAGCCACAUUAGAUGUGAUUAGUAGAUCAGGAAGAUCUCCCGAAACCACCUGUACUGUCACACAAGCCCCUUCGAACUCACAGUUCAUCUUUUUCUCGUAUCAGUCACCAACAAAUGGCUCCUCUUGGCUGUCGAAUCUCUCUAACGCCACCCUCAACUCCUUAUCAUCCGCCUCCACUGCACCAACUCCUCAGUUCGUUUCUACAUCAGAAUGCGCCAAUACCACCUCCCCUCAUCCUUCUUCACCCUCCUCCCAGUCGUCUUCUCCUCAUCAUCCUCUCCCGCAAAUUCCACCUCUUCCUCCAUCACUCUCACUCGCUCAAACCUCGCCUACCCUCCCUCCUCCAACUCCUCUAUCCUCUCCCUUUGUGACCCAUCUCUCGCAAACAUCUCCACUCCAAACAGUCAGUCUUCUCGAGCCCUCUUCUUGCACUUGUUGCUUCCCUUUGCUAUUCAGCAUAGCUGCUCAGCCGACUGGGCCGGUGGUGCUAGUAACAACAGACGGCGCUACUCUCACGCCACUCCUACUACCGAAUACCGUUGCCUCGGCUCCUCCCGCCACAGUUGCUCUUCCCGCCUCGGCGGUCAGUAGCUCGGCAACGCUGAUGCCAGGCCUCGGGCCUCCAGAUAGGAUGACCCAUCAGCAGCACCAUUUUGUCACGGCAACCCAUUCGCUAGGCCGGGAAUGGAAUCUGCCCUCGAGCCAGCAGUCCUGGGCGGACGCAGCAACUGGAGGCGUCUUUCAUCUGGCAGCUGGAAUGCCAUCCUGGAUGAGGCGAGCGUACAUACGACAGGGCGGUCCUCGUGGAGCUCCUGUGCAGACAGAUCGCUGCCGAGCUGAGGAUAUGCAAUCUCGGGGGCAGGAGUUUUCCAACCGGACAGGCUGGAGUCGCCGCAGUUCUCAUGUAGAUGGUGUGUAUAAAAAGUCGAAUAUUCGCACAGGUAACUUUUGCGAGAGAGAUGACUCUCGGAUGAAUGCAUCACAACCGGAUAGCUCGAAGGCAGAAUGGAGAAAUAGAGAAGGAGACGAGGUCACUGAGGGUGGUGCUGCUGAUGCCGAUACUAACGAACAUGGCGAUAAUGACGAGAAUGGUAAUGGUGAGGCUGGGCAGCAUUAUAUGAGGGACAGGAGGAAGAAACAAGAGGAAGACUCAGAAAAUAAAUUAGAUUCUUUGGAAUUUGGGAAGAAGCAAAGUUAUGCCGAUCUGGAAGUUGAGCCCACACAAAGUUGUUGCCAUCGUCACAGCUCUAAAGCCAAGUCGGAAUCGUUGUUUGCCGGUAUGAAGCAGAUAUCGAAAAACUCAGGUAACCAUUUAUAA